CAUGAGUCUUUUGAAGAUCCCCUUCCUCGUAGCCUCAGCCAUCGGCGUUCACAUUUCAUUCACUACUUCUUCUCCGCCACCGUCAUCUGAAGAGAAGGUGAAGUCCACCAUGUUGGAAUCCUAUUUUGGCUCAGCUGUCAACAUCAUUGCCAUGCAUAUAGAUCCCUCGAAAAUUCCGGCAGGCAUCUAUGGCGCCCGCCGAGCUGUGCAGCUUCUACGGUCUCUUCAUUCCACGCCAAUCACUUCCACUUUUCUUGCAUGUAAUCUUGCCAUCGUGAUCGGGGGCAUGUUGAGGUUUUAUUGUAUAUCGACGUUAGGAAAGUUUUGGAGCUUCCAACUCAGCAUCAGAAAAGAACACAAACUUAUGACGAGUGGGCCGUACUCUGUCGUCCGCCACCCAAGUUAUACCGGUUCCCUUCUCCAAUCUGUUGGGAUCAUCGUUAUGUACGGAAGCCCAGGGUCGUGGAUGUGGCAGUCUGGAAUUCUACAAGUACCUCUCAUGACGGCGCUAGCUGUCAUUGGCUGCCUCAUGCAUACAUUAGGUAUCUGGGGUUCCAUCAACCGACCUGCUAUAGAGGACAAGAUAAUGCGACGUGCUAUGGGAGAGGAAUGGGAGAACUGGGCGGAGAAGGUGAAAUAUCGAUUGCUUCCUUGGGUCUAUUAAUUAUCUACGUACCGAAUGCUGUGUUUGCUUUCUGUACCGUAUUAUGUCGAUUGGUAUUCUAUAGGAGUUGAUUGUAUGUCACUGACGAGGCAUAUGUAUGACACGAGGUUUGACGCGGCAUGUGCUAUGGUUGAAGCAGCACUAUAGGUAAGCGUGCCAAAUGUUGAUAUUAGUACAGAGAC